GUGUAUACGAGCCAAAGAGCAGGACGAGGCUCGGACCUGACACGCAUAUUCUGCUUCUUUCUCACAACUUCACAAGGACGUGGACAAACACAUCGCGGUUCCAGACUUCUUCGCGAAGAGCGGAGGAAGGAAAGCUGAGUUUUUAGGGGCUUCAUUCUGUGAAUCUGUAAUUGCUUGAUUGCUUCCUUUCAGAAGAUACGGGGAAAAAGAAGAAGAAGAAAUGGUUUCUAGUUAUUAGGGUAUCUUAUUUUUACUCCUCUCUGUGCAAGUAACCACUUUCGUAGGAUACUAGAGUCUUUGUUUUCAUGGAGGAACCCUCAAGAACAACGCUUCACGACUUCCAUUUAGCUUCAAGAAAGGCAGAAGAAGCAGCUUUGAGACGAUACCAUGCUGCAGAAUGGCUUGAAAGCUUGGUUGGACCGCUCGGCAUACCGAGUCAGCCGUCGGAGCGAGAUUUUGUUUCUUGCUUGAGAAACGGUCUUAUCCUCUGCAAUGCCAUUAAUAAGAUCCAACCCGGAGCAGUGCCGAAGGUAGUAGAGAGUCAUUCACAGUCGCCUACCUUGGAAGCUCAGCCAUUGCCUGCUUAUCAGCACUUUGAAAAUGUUAGAAACUUUCUAGUAGCCGUUAAUGAGUUGAAGCUCCCUACUUUCGAAGCAUCCGAUCUUGAAAGGGAUAAUUUGGAGGUUGGAUCCGCAGCGAAGGUUGUGGACUGCAUUUUAGCGCUUAAGAUUUAUCAGGAGUGGAAAAAUGUCGGAGUGAAUGGUUCCUGUAAAUAUGCAAAAUCUCCAAUGGUACCUCAUUCAGCUAAUAGGAUGCAUAGUCGAGUCUCUGCUGCAAUUUCCUCGGAACCUUUCAGGCGUUUGGACUUGUCUGCUGCUCCCUCUGACAAACAGCUAACGAUCGAUGUGGAAAAAGGGAAACAUGAAGAUUCACUUGUUAGAGCAAUUACAGAGUGUCUGUUUGCUACAAAGGAGAAUAUUGAUCAGAGCUUGCUGACUUCCUUUCGUCAUGGAAAACUGGAUUCUGUCCAGUUUCUCACUAAGAUCAUGCCAAGUUGUUCUCAGGAUAAGCAGCUUUAUAAUCUCCCUGAGUUGAAACAAAUCCUUAAGGAUCCUUUAGGAGAAGGAAAUAUAUAUUCAACACCAACACCUGUAGCCAACUCAUCUCCAAUUGGAAAGUCUAGGUGUUGCAGGUCUUGUUUGACAAAGGGUAACUGCAAGCAUUGGCGCCUAUUGGAAGUACAAGAAAAAGAUCUCCUGGAACUAAAGGAAUUGUUGUCAAGGACAAAGAGAGAGUUUGAGUUGUUGCAGUCUCAAUGGCAGGGAGAUUUACAGCAACUAGGAAUCCAGGUUCAAGAGCUUUCAUCUUCUGCUCUUGGAUACCAAAGAGUGGUGAAGGAAAAUCGAGAUCUCUAUAACAAGGUUCAGGAUUUGAAAGGAAACAUUCGAGUGUACUGUAGAGUAAGGCCAACCUUAAGCAAUGAUACAAAGAAUGCUAUAGAUUUUAUUGGGGAAGAUGGAUCACUAGUGGUUCUAGACCCAUCAAAACCACAAAAAGGUGGUCAAAAGGUCUUUUGUUUUAAUCGGGUCUUUGGUCCAACUUCUACCCAAGAGGAGAUUUUUAAGGAAACUAAACCAUUAAUUAGGUCUGUUUUGGAUGGCUACAAUGUAUGCAUUUUUGCCUAUGGUCAGACAGGAUCUGGUAAAACAUAUACCAUGUGUGGUCCAUCUGGAGGAUCUACUAAAGACAGGGGAGUAAACUAUUUGGCUCUCAAUGAUCUCUUUCAAAUAUCUUGUAAAAGAAAGGAUAUUAUUAACUAUGAUGUUCAAGUUCAAAUGAUUGAGAUUUACAAUGAGCAAAUAAGAGACCUUCUUGCAGAAGAGUCAUCAGACACAAAGUUAGAGAUACGGAGUUGUACAAGCAAUGGUGGAUUUGGUCUUCCUGAUGCUACAAUCCAUCCCGUGAAGUCCACUAUGGAUGUCCUUCAUUUGAUGGAAUUUGGUGAGAUGAAUCGUGUGGUUAGCUCUACCGCUGUCAACAACCGAAGCAGCCGUUCUCACAGUAUCUUGUCUGUACAUGUGAAUGGUAAAGAUAUAUCUGGAAGCAUUCUCCGCAGCUGCUUGCAUUUGGUGGAUCUUGCAGGAAGUGAAAGGGUUGAUAAAUCAGAGGUCACAGGAGACAGACUCAGGGAGGCACAAUAUAUUAAUAAAUCACUUUCCUGUUUGGGAGAUGUUAUUAAUGCCUUAGCUCAGAAAAACUCUCACAUCCCUUACAGGAACAGCAAACUUACUCAACUGUUGCAAGAAUCUUUAGGAGGGCAUUCAAAAACAUUGAUGUUUGCUCAUGUGAGCCCUGAAGAAGCCUCCUAUGGGGAAACAAUCAGUACAUUGAAGUUUGCACAGAGGGUUUCAACUAUUGAACUUGGUGCUUCUCGAUUGAAUAAAGAGAGCAGUGAGGUUAGGGAACUGAGAGAACAGGUUGAGAGACUGAAGAAGGCAUUAGCAAGCAAGCAAACACAAACGCCAAAAUUAAAUAUUGGCGUUCGAAGAUUGCUCACUGAAAACUCCAUUCCAAUAAAGACCAAUAAGGUAGUGAAUACAAAUGACAGGAAGGGAUCUAAAACUCCUAUUGUAAAAACAAAACCCAGAACUCAACACACCCCAAUUCGUUCACGAAGAUUGAGCUUGGAAGGCCCUAUGUACAGGAUGGAACAGCUGCAGAUUAAAAAAUCAGAUGUUUCUUUGAUCAGCAAGGAAAGAAUAGUACAGCAGCAUGUUUCUGUGAAUUCAUCUCAAAAUGACGGGGAAGCUCCCUGCACAGAAUCUGAUCAAUGUCAAGAUGCAAAAGAAGUAAAGCUCUGUGGAGGCUUUAUAAAUGGUAAUUCCACAAUGGAGGUGGAUCACUGGAAUGCUCCUCGUAGUCCCAUUUCAGCUUAUCAAAGCGAAAAAAUGGAAACAGAGAGUAGAAAGAGAACCCCACCUCUCCAACUACUGAAGACACCUGAGCCUCAAAAUACAAGGCAUGGGAUUCAGAUACGAAGACAGAAGGAACCUGACCUUUCCAACAAGUCUCUGACACCCAGUUCAGCUAGUGAUAUGGGUAGAAAAGGAUCUCAGAUAAAGAAGUCAUUACAGGCCAUUGGGAAACUAAUUAAUGGCUCUGAGAAAAGGAAUAAACAGUACCAAGUGGAAAUACUGUCACCCAUCCAUGCUCCAAAUAAUGUCAGUGGUGGAAAAUCACCAAGAACUGCUAAUUCAAGGGCAUCAAGGAGACAGUCACUAACUGGUGCUCAGUCUUUAACAUCUGAUAGAUCCCGAAGAUCUUCUCUUGGGGGCAAGUUAGCAGACUCUCGUGAUUACAAACUAAAAUUCAAAUGAAAACCGAAAUGCAAGGACACCGCCUCCCGCCCAUCCUCCAGUCAACAUGAAAAAGCAGUGGGUGUAAAUCUCUCAUUUCAUGCGAGAGAAAAGAUGAUGGUAAUCUGCUGACUUGGAGCAUUCUUACAUGUUAACACUAAUCAACUAACAUUGUUGACUUGUUCGGCAACAUAGAGUUGCUGAUAGAUAAGGCUUUGGUCUAACACGUUAACAUUCUUUUAGAUAGAUGAAGGUGUACCUGUUUUUCCUACAUGACAGUUCCGAAGUGGCUGUUCUGAAGUCUGAAGAAAUAUAUCAUAAAUGUACCAAUUAGUUCAUUAUAUAAUUGAUUUUUAUGGGUUGGGAGCCCCUUUUUCUUGA